AUGCGCAAACUAAUCUCUUGCCCGUCAGCGUCCAAAAGGUCUGUUGACGAAAUCUUACGACUGCUAGACACAACUAAUGAAUCUAUUCGAGCUUUCUCAAAUAUGAACCGACCAGUUGACCUCUGGGACGACUGGUUUGUACAUAUCCUCGCAAACAAAUUAGACCCAGUUACCAGAGAAGAAUGGGAAUCUUCUCUCAAGGACUCUGAUGAGUUUCCAAUGUACGAUGACCUUUCUUCCUUUCUCGAAAACACUGUCCGAGCCUUAGAAGCCUCUUACCCAACUGAGAACCCUCUUAAGACUCAAAAUACAGCAAAAUCUAAAUCUCAAAGCAAUUCUUCUAAUUCAAAACCCAAGAAAUCACAAAUUUCAGUCGGUCACUCACUGACUGAAUCAAAGCCUAAAUCAAACUCUUGUUCUCUUUGUCAAGCCUCUCACUUUUUAUCCUACUGCCCACAAUUUAAAAAACUAAAGGUUGCUCAACGCUGUGAACAGGUCCAAAGCUUAGGACUUUGUCACAACUGUCUGCGAGGUAACCACAAAAUUGAUGACUGUUCAUCAACCAAGAGAUGUUUUGUGUGCUCUGAAAAACAUCAUACCUUUCUUCAUGAUGAAGGAGGACACACAAAAUCUGAUACUUCAAAACCAUCCUCUUCACAUUCUUCUGAACAAGCAGUUUGUAACGCAUCUUACCUUUCUAACCAUCUUUCUCAUCCAAUCGAUAGUCAGUCAAGGGGUAUCUUCGCAACUGCUUAUAUUAAACUAACCUCACUCAAGGAUAAAUCAAUCGUUGUAAAAGCCUUUCUUGAUUCUGGUUCUGAACGAACACUCGUAACUGAACGAGUUGUUCAAUUUCUUAAAUUACCUAAGCAGAAAUGUGACGUCUCUCUGAAGGGUAUUGGUAACUCCCCAUUGGGUAACUCAAAUUACAAGGUUGAUCUUUUGCUGAAUUCACCGAAAGAUCCUGAUUUCCAGCUGCCAAUCAAUGCUCUAGUUUUAAAAUCACUCAUUCAACUUUUACCAAAAGGAAGGCCUAAGCAUAGCAACUGGUCACAUCUUGCUGAUUUAGAUCUUGCCGAUCCCAACUACUACAAUCAGGAACCUGUCGACUGCGUGAUAGGUAUCGAUCUUCUUGGUCACACUUUACUCCCUGGAUUAAAACAAGGUCCCUUAAAUAGCCCUACCGGCCUUCUAACAGCUUUUGGUUGGAUAAUCUUUGGUCGAUCUCUCACUCAAUCUUCUGAUUCACAAAAUUGUUCCACACUACAAGUGGAAAAAAAAGAUUCGUUAAAUAAAUUGCUUCGUGACUUUUGGGAACUUGAAGAACUCCCCAAGCAAACUUUUCUAACAAAAGAUGAAUUGGAUUGCGAAAAUACUUUCAAGAACACUCAUUACCGAAAUGAAUUGGGCCAAUAUACUGUUCGCUUGCCAGUGUCUAUUUCACCUGAUCAGUUAGGGGAAUCAAGAGAACAAGUGGUUUCCAUGUUUCUUCGAAGUGAAAAACAAUAUUCAAAAAAUCCGAUCGCUAAAACUAAAUAUAAUGAUUUCAUGCGUCAAUACAUCGAAGACACACACAUGAGACCUGUUAAUGAAAAUGACUCUAAAGCCCCAUUCAUCAAUUACAUUCCGCAUCACGUAAUAACGAAAGCCAACGAUCCUUCUUUAAAAAUCAGAGUAGUCUUUAACGGCUCCUUUUUUACCUUAUCAGGAUUAUCCUUAAAUGACAUUCUUCACCCCAGGCAGAAAUUGCAAAUCGAUAUUUGGUUGAUUAUUACCCGGUGGCGUUUUUGGAAAUACGUAUUCACAUGUGAUAUAGUAAAAAUGUUCCGACAGAUUAAAAUCGAAUUCCCAGACUGUAAUUUGCAACGAAUUGUUUGGAGACCUGACCCGAAUCAACCUCUAGAAGACUACUGUUUAACCACUGUAACUUAUGGGACCAAGCCCGCCCCUUUUUUGGCGAUUAGAGUCCUGAAACAGUUAGCUUCAGACGAAAGGGAGAACUUUCCACUAGGUGCAGAAGUAUUGAUCAACAACACAUAUGUUGAUGAUACUUUUGCUGGCGGAGAUUCAUUGGAAGAAGCAACCCAAGUCCGAGAUGAGUUCAUUUCUAUUUUGGGUUCGGCAGGUAUUUCUCUCAGUAAAUGGGCUGCUAAUGUUGACGAAUUAGUCCCUAAUGAUCCCACUGACAGUGAUAGCAAAGACAAAUGUUUCAAUCUUGAAACAUCAGUUUCCACUUUAGGCCUGCAUUGGAAUCCCGCAUCUGACGAGUUUCACUAUAAGGUGUCUUUCACUGCUUCUUCUCAACCAACUAAAAGAACAGUUGCUUCUGAGAUUGCCAAGCUAUUUGAUCCGCUCGGCUGGUUAGCUCCAUUUAUUCUAAAAUCAAAAUUAUUGCUGCAAAAUUGUUGGUUAGCCAGCUUAGAUUGGGAUGAGGUACUGCCAAUAAAUCUUUCUUCUGAAUGGGUCGAGUUUCAACAACAGUUACAACAAUUGAACCUUGUUAAAAUUCCCCGCUGGAUUCAAACUGAAAGCGAUAAUUCAACUUGGGAACUGCAUGGCUUUUCAGACGCCUCUGAAAGAGCCUACUCAGCAGCUCUUUAUAUUGUCCAUCGAUCACCUGUAAAUGGAUCACAUUCCAAUCUAAUCAUUGCAAAAACCAAACUAGCACCUGUCAAGGCCAUAUCUCUUCCGAAAUUAGAGCUAUGUGGCGCGACACUUCUUGCGAAAUUAACAUCAGUCGUCACUGAAAAGUUAAAAUUCACCAACCCUACGUAUUACUGGUCUGAUUCCCAAAUUGUAUUAUCAUGGCUUCAAGGUCAUCCCUCGAGGUGGAAGCCAUUUGUAGCUAACAGAGUUAGUGAAAUCCACUCUUUGGCGAAAGAAAUUCCAUGGAGACAUGUCCCUUCUAAGGACAAUCCUGCGGAUUGUGCCACCAGAGGAUUUACCGUAGACGAGCUUCACAAUUCCACCUUGUGGUGGCAUGGUCCUCCUUGGUUACUGAAAUCACCCGAAAACUGGCCAGCUUCCACUCAAAUCCCUAACCCUAACAUUGAUUUAGAAUCCCGAUCAAAACAUCUAGAAAAGGUCAACGAAGUUCAAGUCAACGUUACAUUGAGCCAAGGGAUUCCAGAACUCCUCUCUUAUGUCUCGUCAUUCACACAGUUAAUAAGAGUAACAGCUUACUGUCUUCGUUUUAUCAAAGCUCUUCGAGAACCAAACUUUGAAAUUGAACCCUAUUUAACUGCUGACGAGCUAAGGCGAAGUCAGUUAACCUGGUUGAAAGUCGUACAAAAUGAUCACUUCUCUGAAACAAUUGAGUUGUUGAAAAACAAAAAACCUCUACCUCGAAACAAUCCUCUGAUCAAGCUGGCCCCCUUUUUGGAUGAUGAUGAUAUCCUCAGAGUAGGAGGACGACUUCAAAGUUCCUUGCUCUCGUAUGAUGAAACCCACCCAGUUAUUUUACCAAAAAAUAACAAAAUGUCCGAAUUGAUCGUUACAAAAGCUCAUCAUGAUACCCUUCAUGGAGGUCAGCAACUUACCGUGAGUAGGGUCCUCAAAAACUUUUGGAUCAUCAGCUCCAAAUCCUUGAUUAAUAAAAUCAUUCGAAGCUGCGUUAAAUGUUUUCGGUUUCGAGCAAAUUUUCAAACUCAGCUUAUGGGACAACUACCAGCUGAACGGAUUACCAUCUCAAAACCCUUCACCUUUACUGGACUGGAUUAUGCUGGACCAUUUAAUGUCCUGCCUUCGAAGGGAAGAGGUAUUCGAUCAACAAAAGGAUAUAUAUGUUUAUUUGUAUGUCUUUGUUCUAGAGCAAUACACUUGGAACUAGUUUCCAACUAUGAAACGAGUGGUUUUCUCGCAGCAUUCAAGCGAUUCAAGUCCCGUCGAGGCCAAUGUAGCAAGAUAUUCAGUGACAACGCUCGAAAUUUCGUUGGUGCAGCCAGAGAAUUGCGACAACUUUUCAUUGGGGCUUCCAAGACGUUCAUCCCGGUUGCUGAAUUGCUUGCAAACGAAGGAACCACCUGGACUUUCAUCCCUCCACACUCACCUCACUUCGGUGGGAUCUGGGAAGCCGGAGUAAAGUCGGUAAAACAUCACCUUCGACGAGUUGUUGGAGAGACACGCAUGACCUAUGAAGAACUGACCACAGUGUUAUGUCAAAUAGAGGCAUGCCUGAAUUCCAGACCUCUUUAUCCAAAUUCCUCAGAUGCAACCUCCCUCUCUGCCAUCACACCUGGACAUCUCCUAACUGGUGGACCUCUUGUUGCCGUUCCUGAACCUCCCUUAUUCAAUGAAAAUCCUACUAAUCGAUGGACACUGAUUACAAAGAUGAGGGACGACUUUUGGAAUCGCUGGUCUCACGAGUACCUACACCAUCUCCAACAACGCUUCAAAUGGUUGGUAGAAACUAAUGCAGUAAAGGUUGGUGAUGUUGUACUACUCAAGGAGGACAACCUUCCCCCCACAAAAUGGGUUCUCGCUAAGAUUCAACAACUGCAUCCAGGAGCAGAUGGCCUUGCGAGAGUUGUUACCAUUAAAACAAACACCACUACAUUGAAGCGAUCUUUUUCUAAACUUGCUGUCCUCCCAAUUCGUGAGACUAAUAACGAAAACUAA